AUGUUCGUCUCUCAUAUCUUCACCCUUCUCUCCUUUAUCGCUGUCUUGGCUGUGCAAGCACACGCAAAUCACCCGUCGAGUAGCGACUACACCUACAGUCACAGUGUAGGACGCGAGGUCGGUAGUUCACAAUGGUCCGGAGCCAUCACGACAGUUCAGAAAGGAUCCAAUGUUAUCGCUAAGCUAGACUGUCUGGGCUGCCCGUUCCGCCUGCGUACCGAAGACGAGGAAAUAUGGGAGGAGCCACCAAGAGAGAAUGCACUGAUGUUUAACCUCUCCGUGAGCCACUCUGGAACCGCCCUCCUCCUCAAUGACCGUCAAAUACUGCCGUUUCGCGACCCGCCACCCUUCAUCGAUGCCUACCAAACCCCAGCGAACCUUACUGUAGACGAGUUGAGCCUCAUGAUAGACACCCAGCAUCUCAGCUAUCGUUUCGGAAAAGCCGAGGGAUCGUGGGCAAGCUACGGCCUCUCCUACGACCAUUCCAUUCGACCAGCCGCUGACCCUAAUAAUCUAAUCCUGGACUUUGAUGUUAUUGGAUGGAGCCAAGCGGCGGUUGAUGAUCCGGCUCAGCAGAUGGUGUCAAUCGAGAUCGACUUCGAUGGUACAGGAAUGGUCAUCGGCAAGGUCGACCUCGUUCCGCGGCCCCCGCCCUACAGAGGCGAACCAACGUAUGAAUACCCAUUCUGGUGUCCGGAGUUCCUUGAACCGACUGUGAACUACCUGCUGUCAAGGCCGAGCCAUGCCGAUCCACCUGGGCACAUGGUUCUUCGAAGACAUGAGUGGGAUGGCUUUGGUAGGAAGGGCACAUUGAGGCAUGAUUGGGCGGCUCUUUGUGGCUGGUUCGGGUGGAUGGUCAUACUGAUUAUAGUUGCGGUUGUUGUUCCAUGCUUGGUGUUGUGUUAUGGCCUGUAUCGGCUGCUACUACACAUCUGGAGGUCAGGUGACCAAGAGCAUGGAGCGGAGGAGCGUGAGCAGCUUAUGGGUGAUAAAGAAGAUGCGGAUGAGAUGUUCGACGAGAAAAGGGUCGUGGACGAAGAGGCAUUGCUGUCCUCGCUGCCCAUCGAGAAGUAUUGA